CAUCUAUUACAUGCAGAGUAAAGUUAAAUUAUUUGAAUAAUCAUGAUUUUAAUGGUAAUACUCUUUAUUGUAUCAACGGCGUUUGCUGUGGAUUUUAAGCCAAAAGUUUCACGUCUUAGUUCUGGAGGACUUGAACUAUCUGUAAACAAUUUGCCGCAAGCAAAAGUGUUUGAGGUGGUGUAUACUUCGACAAGAGGAAGACAUCAUGGGCAAUUUAACCAAGAAGCCGAUGGCGAUUGGUACCACCGAAAUAAUGAAGUCCCCUACAAUGCCAAUGACAAACUUGCAUACACUAUCAUCGGAGAGAUUGACGGUAAAACUGUAGUGUCCAAAGGAACUUUGCAACCAGAAGAAUACACAGGUUCGGCCGUAACUCCACCGAAAAGAGUACGCAGAGGCACCGUGGUGUUCCGUGAUGACUUUAAUGGAGCGGCUUUUGAUGCUUCUAACUGGGACUACGAGGUGUCCAUGUAUGGGGGUUAUAAUGGAGAGAUACAGGCCUACGUUCAAGACCAUAGAAAUGUGUUUGUAAAGAACGGACAUCUUUACGUAAAACCUACAUUUACUUCGGACGACGACCGAUUCACAGAGGCAUCUAUACACUCUGGAGUUAUGGAUAUGAAAGCUCUAUACGGUUAUUGUACGAACGCAGAUCGGAACGGUUGUUACAGACAGGGAACGAACGGUUGUAUUCCACCAGUCAUGUCCGGUAAAAUCAAAUCUAAGCAUACAAUAAAGUUUGGUAAAGUUGAAGUUAGAGCAAGAAUUCCAAGGGGAGAUUGGCUUUGGCCAGCUAUAUGGAUGUUGCCAAAGAGUUCCGAAUACGGCGGAUGGCCAGCUUCAGGAGAAAUAGAUCUAAUGGAGAGCAGGGGUAAUUCAUUUGCUGGAUUUGAUGCAAGUAACCAUGGUUACAACCAGGUUGGCGCCACUCUGCACUGGGGACCAAGCGCCGGGCAAAACAAAUUUCAAUGGACGCACGGUGACUUAGACGGAGAUUGGGCGUAUGCAAUGCACACAUACCGCCUCGAGUGGACAGUAGAUCAUAUCCAGGUAUUCGUAGACGACCAUCUAAUGAUGAACGUUGGAAUUACACAGAGUUUCUGGAACUGGGGACGAUUUUCUGGAAACAAUAUCUGGUCUAGUGGCACAAAAGCUGCGCCAUUUGAUAAAGCGGUGAGAAUGCCCUUUCAUAUUCUCAAGUCAGAAAUUAACAUAGUCACGGCUUUCAAAACUUCACAGGAUGAUGCUUGCGGUCAUUGA